GUAAUAUCAUCCAGCAGAUGGCGACAAAAACAAUCAGAAAGGGAUAUUUUCAUUUCCGGGUCAGCAGCUCUUCCUUUCCUGUCAGCCAUUUCGGCAUACGAUUUGUAAGCGACCUGUACAUCCCCCAAACAUGCAGAACGACGCUGGCGAAUUUGUGGACCUUUACGUCCCACGUAAAUGCUCUGCUAGCAACAGAAUCAUUGGAGCCAAGGACCAUGCCUCCAUCCAGAUCAACAUUGCUGAGGUUGACAAGGUGACCGGUCGCUUCAAUGGUCAGUUCAAGACCUAUGCUAUCUGUGGCGCCAUCCGCAGAAUGGGUGAGUCUGAUGACUCCAUCCUGAGGCUGGCAAAGAACGACACCAUUGUUGCAAAGAACUUCUGAGUGUAACAUUGGAGCUGUGGAAACUUUGUUAAAUAAAAUGGAAAAAAAACCAACUGUCA